AUGGCGAAGAAGCGCAAAGCACCCAGGACCUUUGAGCAGUCUCAGCCGGUAAAGUCUGCCAAAUAUGACGUUGAAGAGACAUUUGAUGACUUGGAGGACGAAUUCUAUGCUGGACGGGACAAGAUUUUACUUGAUGACGAUGCGAACAAAAGGAGAAGACAACGUGUUUUGGAUCAGGAGAAAGACUUGCAACCUUCUGACGAGGAGGUGCUAGCAUACCAAGACGACUCUGACGAUUUCGAGGACGAGGAUGAAGACAUCUACGACGAUGAGGUUGAGACCGACCAAUCUCGAUUGAAGAACGGAUCUAGGCAGCAGGCUCGUGGCCAGGACGAGGGCGAAGAGUUAUCAGAUGAGGAGCACUGGGGUACUAACCGGGCAGAUUAUUACGGCGACGAUGUAAUUGAGACCGCGGAGCAGGCCAAAGAAGAAGAAAAUGAGGCAAAACGCCUGCAUCAGAAGCAGCUCAAGAACAUGACUGAGGCUGACUUCGGCUUUGAUGAGAAUGAGUGGAUAGAAGAGAAGAAACCUGGCAAGCAGGGCCGUGCUGUUACUGAAAAACUGCCUGAUGCUCAAAUUCCGCAAGGCGCCACUGAAGAUCAGAAGUUACAGAUCCUUUCAGCCAGAUACCCGGAGUUUGUACCUCUAGCAGAAGAUUUCUUGCAUUUAUCGAAGACCAAACAAGAGCUUGACGAACAGAGCAAGAGCGUAGUGCAAGGAAUCAGCCACGGAGCGAGACUGAGCGAUGGAUUGCCAAUCAGUCUGAAACUCGAUGCUUUGAGCACUUACUUGGCCACAAUCUCCAUGUAUUUUGCCAUCGUAACAAGCGCAACCAGCAAAGACACAGCAUCAUCCGGCAAGAUUACAGCCAUGGCUCCUCUAGAUUUGCACGAACAUCCCAUUAUACAGAGUCUGGCUCGAGCUCGGCAGCUAUGGAACCAGGUCGAACCACUGCAAGUUCAGCAAGUCUUGACAGUUCCGCAACAGCUCGCCACACCCGAGUCAGAAGAGUAUCCUGACGAUCUUGCUGCAUAUCCUAGCUCUCAGGCGAAAUUACCCUCGGGCACAAAGCUACGUAAAGAGCCUGCACAAAAGUCCGAAAAGCGCAAGCCGAAGGCUGAAUCGAAAAAAGUCAAGGACGAGCUUGUAUCAACAUCCACCAAGAAGAAGCAGAAAAAAUCAAGAGACAAAGACAAACCCAAACUUCUCGACUUGAAUACCCUCAUCGAUGAAGCUCAAGACUACGACGAAGAAUCAGACUUUGGCGACGAGCAACCGCUUACAGAAGAGCAAUUUGCCGAAAAGGCACGCAAGCGGAAGUCACUCCGCUUCUACACAUCGCAGCUUGCCUCCAAGGCCAACAAGCGUGGUAAUGCAUCUCGUAUAGCAGGUGGAGACGAUGAUUUACCUUACAAGGAAAGGCAGAAGGAUAAGCAGGAGCGACUAAUUCGAGAGGCCGAAAAUCGAGGUCGUGGCGCUGCUGAUCAUUUCGACGACGGCGAUAAUGAUUACGACGAUAUGCCAGCUAACCGGGAUGCAAACGACGAGUAUUACGAUACACUCUUGAACGCUAAACAGAAGAAGCAGUCGGACAAGAAAGCUCGUGCAGAAGCAUAUGCUCAGGCUGCGAAGGACGGCGCAACUGUUUACGAAGAAGAGACGGUCGGUGCAGAUGCGAAGAACAAAGGUCUUGCUCCCAAGCGCAAGAAGGAAGUGCGCAACCCACGUGUCAAGAAGCGAAUGAAGUUUGAUGAGAAGAUGAAGAAGCUUGGAUCGAUACGGCAGGUGUAUAAAGGUGGUGAAGGACGUGGCGGAUAUGGAGGGGAAUUGACUGGCAUCAAGACGAAUGUCGUCAAAAGUGUCAAGCUAUAG